CGGGGAUUCAGCGGGCAAGACAAAAGUGGGAUUCUGAGUGGCUUGCAGUCGUGAGUCAAGCUCAUCACGCCAGCUCCUCACACGCACACACGCGCGCACUCGAGAUCUUCCAGCUCCUGUUCUCACUCACACAUCCACGUUGCCCUCUCUCGACAAGAUUUGCUAGGGGCGACCACCACACAGCUCUCUGCGACGAGUUUGUAUUCGCGUCGCACACUUCGAACAGUCAUGUUGCGUCAAUUUGCACGUUGCGCAGCCCAGCGCAACGCAGGGCCCAGCGCCUCAAAAAUUUCAAAGCUGUUUGCUCCGCUCUCUGUGCGAUUCGCUUCCACGACUACAGAGUCCGGCGCAGUGGACAAGGUGUACGCAUCGGCCGCCCAAGCAGUAGGCGACAUUCGACCCGGUUCCAUCGUCCUCUCUUCCGGUUUCGGUCUCUGCGGUACGCCCGACACUCUCAUCGGCGCCAUUUCACAAAACCCAGCGAUCAAGGAUCUGACCUGCGUGAGCAACAAUGCGGGGGUUGGAGAAAAGGGAUUGGGAAAGUUGUUGCACACGGGUCAGGUCAAGAGUAUGAUUAGCAGUUUUAUUGGUAGCAACAAGUACUUUGAAGCUGCUUAUCUGGCCGGCAAGGUGGGAUUGCAACUCACACCCCAGGGCACCAUGGUGGAGAGGGUGAGAGCUGGCGCGUUUGGUAUACCAGCUUUCUACACCCCCACUGGUUUCGGCACGGCUGUGCAAACGGGAGACUUGGUCAGCUACUACGAACCGAGGCAAGAGGGGGACAAGAGCCCUCCUAAGCCCAAAGAGUUUGCCAAGCCCAGAGAGACGCGCACUUUCAAUGGCAGGGGUUACGUGCUCGAGGAAGCCAUCCACGCCGAUGUGGCGCUCGUGCACGUGUGGAAGGCGGACAAGAUGGGCAACUGCAUGUUUAGGUACGCCGCAUCCAACUUUGGCGCAGCGUUUGCAAAGAACGCAAAGCUGACCAUCGUCGAGGCCGAGGAGAUCGUCGAAACCGGCCAACUGGAUCCCAACACUAUUCACCUCCCUUCAAUCUUUGUCAUCGCAUCUCGAGCGGCCAAGGAGUUGCGACAUGGCGACUACGUGAACCUGGGUGUGGGCAUGCCAGCUCUCGUGCCUUCCUUUUUGCCCGAAGGCGUGGACGUGGUCCUACAUUCAGAAAAUGGUAUUCUGGGAAUGGGACCUUACCCGACCAAGGAACAAUUGGAUGGCGAUCUGGUCAAUGCUGGAAAGGAGACGGUUACGCUUUUGCCAGGUGCUGCGACGUUCGAAAGCUCGGAAAGCUUUGGAAUGAUCAGGGGAGGUCAUGUGGAUGUUACCAUGCUUGGCGCUCUCCAAGUAGGCGCAAACGGUGAUCUGGCCAACUACAUGAUUCCAGGCAAACUCGUCAAGGGCAUGGGAGGAGCCAUGGACCUCGUAUCUUCGCCCGACCACACCAAAGUCGUCGUCUUGACGGAUCACUGCGACAAGAAUGGCCGAUCGAAAAUUGUCAGCAAGACCAAAUUGCCCUUGACGGGCUCGCGAUGCGUCUCUAGGAUCAUCACCGAUCUUUGCGUCUUUGACGUCGACAGAUCCACAGAGCAGGGAGGCUUGACCCUCAUUGAACUUCAAGAGGGAGUCACUGUUCAAGAGGUGAAGGACAAGACAGACUCGGAUUUCAAGGUUGCCGAGGGCGUCGAGUGAACGAGGCAUUCUGCUUACGUGCAAUCUUUGCCAGCUUACUCAUUUCAAUAGCAUAGCGUCACUUGUCUAGCCUUCUUCAUUCUGGUCAAAGAAAUGCGUUGCUCGCUGGAGCUUGCUGGUAUGAUACAAAUGUGCUGGUAGACAUGUGCGAGAAGCGCAGAAGAGA